AUGGACCAGCAACUGAAGAAAAGGGCAAAGACUUGUGGCCAGAAAGGCCUGGCUAGAAGAGCUUUCAAGAGGGAUAAGCGAAGGCCAUCUAAGCCACGGGCAGUCCAGAAGAAACUUCUCGACACAACAUGGGCCUUAGAAGAUGAAGGUGUGGUCUUUGAGACAAGCAAUCUGGUUGUUGGAGAAGACUCUUUCUCUGAUUGUUACAUAGAAUGCAUAAUAAGAGGUGAGUUUUCUGAACCUAUUCUGGAAGAAGACUCACUUAAGUCCCUUAACUACCUGGAAGAAGGAUCAGAGAAAGAGCUUUCUCAACAGGUUCUUACAGCAAGCUCACUUCUGAAAAAAUCCUUGAAAUGUGCACAGAAAGGGGCAAAACGAGAACUUCCUCAACAGAUCGUUAGAGAGAAUUCACAGCUUAAGUAUUCUAAGUAUGUAAUGGGCAAGAAGCUUCCUCCUGGAGGAGCACCCAGCAUUGACCUACCAGAUCCUAAACAGUCUGCAGAAUUUGCUAGAAAGAAGCCAGCAAGAAAUAAGGAAUAUGAGGCUCCAGAAAGAAUUGUUUGUCCUUACAGUGGAUGCCCAAAAAAGGUAAAGAAUAGAGCUUCCCUGAGAAAGCAUCUCCUUGUCCAUGGUCCUCGAGAUCACGUAUGUGCAGAAUGUGGGAAAGCAUUCAAUGAGAGUUCGAAACUAAAAAGACAUUUUCUUGUUCAUACUGGAGAGAAGCCAUUUCAGUGCACUUUUGAAGGGUGUGGGAAACGCUUUUCCCUGGACUACAAUUUGCGUACGCAUGUCCGCAUCCACACUGGGGAGAAACGUUUCAUGUGUCCCUUUGAAAGUUGUCACAAGAGGUUUAUUCAGUCAAAUAACAUGAAAGUUCACGUCUUAACUCAUGGAAAGACCAACAAAAAUCAGUGA